AGAUUCUUUAGUUGAUCUCGUCUGACAUAUAAGAACUUGAUUGAAGGUGCCAUUCAUUUAUGCUAAAUUUGUGGUUUCCUUUCCCUUGUUGUUUUUAACAAAGCCGUUCAAUUGUAUGUCUGGCUAGUUUAAAUGCACCAACGCUUAUUUUCAUUAGAACAUCCCUGUGUGCCUCUUUUUCCUUCAAUCAUAUUUUAUCUUCUACUCAUUGAGGUCGCAGAUCAGCCUCUUAUCUGUGUAUUCAUUCAUUCUUUUUUCUAAAAUGCAAGUUACAUUCCAUUCAAUCUAGAACAGGACAGUAGUUAAUAUAAAUCAGUACUUAAGCCUGUUGAUGUUAUGUUGGUAUUUCUAAUUGCAGCUGAUUAAUGGCUAUUCAGAUGCGGGUUCACAUACAUGUUGGAAGCUGAAAAUGUCUACGAUCUUUGGUUCGAUAUUGGGUUCAAAAUUGAGAUAAUUUUCAUCUCAGAGUCCAAACCAAACUCAGGAGGGUUCCUCAUCAAAUAUAUAUCUGCAUUAUUGUCUUGUUUCCUUCAGUCAUUUAACAGAAGCCAAGCCUCAUCAAAGAAGUUCAAAAUUCUUGACUCCCCAAAAUGACAAUCUGGUGGUUCUUUCUUGUGGCCACUUGCUUAAAACUUGUUCUCCUCCAUUCCUACCGGAGCACAGACUUUGAGGUCCACCGGAACUGGCUGGCUCUUACUCACUCUCUCCCUCUCUCUCAAUGGUAUUAUGAUGAGACCAGUCCAUGGACACUUGACUAUCCACCAUUUUUUGCCUAUUUUGAACGCUUUCUAUCCAUUUUUGCAAACCUAAUUGAUCCCAAAAUAGUUCAUCUUCAAGAGGGCCUGAAUUACAGUUCAAACACGGUGAUUUGUUUUCAAAGAGCCACUGUAAUGCUGUCUGAUUUAUGCCUUCUCUUGGGGGUAUAUAGAAUGACUAAGAAUCUGGAUUCAAGAAGGAAAAAGUUGAUCUGGUCAUUGGUUCUUUGGUCACCAAUGCUAUUUAUAGUAGACCAUAUGCAUUUUCAGUACAAUGGAUUUCUCAUUGGGAUUUUGUUGAUUUCACUUUCAUAUUUGGAGGAAGGAAGGGAUGUGUUGGGUGGCUUUGUGUUUGCUGUGCUAUUGUGUUUCAAGCAUUUAUUUGUAGUGGCAGCACCAGUCUAUGCCAUUUAUUUAUUGAGGCAUUUUUGCCGUGGCCGACUGCUUAGAAGUGUUGGCCGAUUCUUGCUUUUGGCAGCUGUAGUUGUAGUAGUCUUUGCAGCUGCAUUUGGGCCCUUCAUCUACCUUGGGCAGGAAGUACAAAUCAUCCGUAGACUGCUACCAUUUGGCAGGGGGCUUUGCCAUGCAUAUUGGGCCCCAAACUUUUGGGUAUUUUAUAUUAUAUUGGACAAAGGGCUUGCUUUUAUGCUCAGAAAACUAGGAUUUGAAAUUCCAACAACAACAGCUCCGUUCACUGGUGGGCUUGUAGGGAAUUCCUCUCCAUUUUCUGUGUUACCUCAGGUCACUCCCUCGUCAACCUUUACAAUAGUUUUGCUUGCUUUAUCUCCUUGUCUUAUCAAAGCAUGGAAGAAACCACAGAAGCAAAUGAUUACUAGAUGGGUAGCCUAUGCUUACACUUGUGGUUUUGUCUUUGGGUGGCAUGUUCAUGAGAAGGCAUCACUCCAUUUUGUUAUCCCCCUUGCCUUUGUUGCAGUGAAAACUAUGGAUGAUGCUAGGCAUUUCUUUUUGUUGUCUGUAGCAUCUUGCUAUUCACUAUUCCCACUGCUAUUUGAGGCACAAGAAUAUCCAAUCAAAGUUCUAUUGCUACUUCUAUGCACCAUUUUGAUGUGGUUAGAGUUUUCAGAGCUAUUUUGCCAUGCUUGUGAUUCGGAAGCAUUAAGAGCACAGGCUGUUCAUACAAAGAAAAGAGAUUAUCAUUAUGGUUCUAGAAAUGAUCCAAGUUUAGCUAAAGAAAAGAAAGUAAGUUUGGUUGGGUGGAGGAAGAGUUAUCUGGUUGGUCUUGUUAUUGUAGAAAUCUGGGGGCAGUUUUUGCAUCCUCUAGUUUUGGGUGAUAAGCUUCCCUUCCUACCUCUUAUGUUAGUAUCAAUAUAUUGUGCAUUUGGCAUCAUUUACUCUUGGAUUUGGCAGUUACAAUCCAUAGUUAAGUCCUCAUGAAAUUUUGUGAA